AUGGUUAGCACUCUGGACUUUGAAUCCAGCGAUCCGGGUUCAAAUCCCGCACUCUGGACUUUGAAUCCAGCGAUCCGGGUUCAAAUCCCGGUAGGAGCUCGUUUUUCACUCUGGACUCUGAAUCCAGCGAUCCGGGUUCAACGAUACGGUGUUGUGGUGAGCGAUCAAGGCAGAGUGCGUGAACUGAACGACUGGAUGAGUGUUGACGAUUUUGUGGACGGUGCGAUGGAUUGUUGGUCUGGUUGCUCUUAUGGUGUAAUGGUUAGCACUCUGGACUUUGAAUCCAGCGAUCCGGGUUCAAAUCCCGCACUCUGGACUCUGAAUCCAGCGAUCCGGGUUCAAAUCGCACUCUGGACUCUGAAUCCAGCGAUCCGGGUUCAAUUCCCGCGUGAACUGAACGACUGGAUGAGUGUUGACGAUUUUGUGGACGGUCGAUGGAUUGUUGGUCUGGUUGCUCUUAUGGUGUAA